AUGAAUCGGGCAGAGGUGCUCAGGGCCAUUUCUAUGCAGCCCUGGCGAGAACGGCGGCUGAGGCAUCUGACGAUGUCAUCACAGGGUCCUUAUAGUCACACACCGACGGGGAUCAUCUUUUUUAUGCGGGCUAGGCGAUUAGUUGUUUCUGGGUGUUUAACUUAUUUGGCCUAUGUGAGAGAUGUGAGCAGGGAGGGCCCUUCAAUUGACUCACUUCAUGUGGUUAGAGAGUUUGCAGAUGUGUUCCAUACAGACCUACAUGGCCUACCCCCAGAUCGUGACAUUGAUUUUGCCAUAGAUUUGGAGCCCGACACCCGUCCUAUUUCUAUUCUGCCUUAUCAGAUGGUUCCUGCAGAGCUCAGGGAGCUCAGUUUUCAGUUAGAAGACCUCUUAGCAUUCUUAGGGCACGUGGUGUCCAAGGAGGGUAUUAAGGUUGAUCCAGCGAAGAUUGAAGUUAUUCGUGAUUGGGAUAGGCCCACUUCUGAUACUGAGGUUCGUAACUUCUUUGGGUUAGUGAGUUACUACAGAUGGUUUGUUGAGGGUUUUUCUACUACUGCAGACCAUUUGACUCAGUUAACUCGCCAGGAUGUACCCUUCGUGUGGUCAGAGGAGUGUGAUGCUAGACAGGCUACCUUUGAUUCGAAUGGGGUUCUAAAAGUCGAUGGCCGGUUUUGUGUUCCGAGAGCUGGGGGUUUGAUUCAGCUGAUCUUGAGCGAGGCCCAUGAUUCUAGAUAUUCCAUCCAUCCGGGCACGACUAAGAUGUAUCAUGAUUUGAGGCAGCAUUAUUGGUGGAGCGAUAUGAGGAAUGAUAUUACCGACUACGUAUCCCAUUGUUUCUACUGCCAGCAGGUGAAGGCCGAGCAUUUGAGGCCUAGUGGCAAGUUCCAGAGAUUACCCAUUUCGAAGCAUUGCCGCUCUCCAGUUAGUUGGUUUGAGUCUACAGAGCUUAGGCCGCGUGGUACAGAUUUGCUUCAGGAAGCCUUGGAUCAGGGCGUGAUGAGGUUUAGGAGGCGGGGCAAGCUUAGCCUCAUGUACAUUGGGCCUUUUAAGAUACUCCAGACAGUUGGGGAGGUUGCUUAUGAGUUGGCCCUUCCUCCAGCAUUUUCAGCCAUCCACCCGGUGUUCCAUGUCUCGAUGUUACGGCGGUAUAUUCCUGAUGAGUCCCAUGUCCGAGCACCAGUGGCCAGCGUUGAUCCAGUUUGGAGUAGUCUGAUCCGGAGACAGGGGUGA